AAACUGGAUUCAGCCCGGUUCCGUUACCUAAUGGGGGAAAGACUGGGAGUUCACUCAUUAAGCUGUCACGGGUGGAUCCUUGGGGAGCAUGGAGACUCCAGUGUGCCUGUAUGGAGUAGAGUGAACGUUGCUGGUGUCUCUCUGAAGAAUCUGCACCCUGACUUAGGCACUGAUGGAGAUAAGGAACAGUGGAAAGAGGUUCACAAACAGGUGGUUGACAGUGCCUAUGAGGUGAUCAAACUGAAAGGCUACACUUCCUGGGCCAUUGGACUGUCUGUGGCAGAUCUGGCCGAAAGUAUAAUGAAGAAUCUUAGGCGGGUGCAUCCAAUUUCCACCAUGAUUAAGGGUCUCUAUGGAAUUAAAGAUGAUGUCUUCCUUAGUGUCCCUUGCAUCUUGGGACAGAAUGGAAUUUCAGAUGUUGUGAAGGUGACUCUGACUCCUGAGGAGGAGGCCUGUUUGAAGAAGAGUGCAGAUACACUUUGGGGGAUCCAAAAGGAGCUGCAGUUUUAAAGUUUUCUAAUGUACCACUUCACUGUCUAGACUACAGCAGGAUUUUAGUUGGAGGUUGUGUAUAUUGUCCUUAUUAUCUGAUCUGUUACUCAAGUAAUAUUAAAAUGGCCUAAGAAAAAACGUCAGUUUCCUAAAGUUCCAAAUAGCAAUGGUUCACCAAACCCUGCAGCUGUAUCCUGAUGCUGAUGAUACCUGUCUUUGUAGCCCUAAAUGGGUUAACGUAAGUUAGCCCCACCGUCUCAGAGGCACCACGGCCAGAGCUGCGGCUGCUCUUCACACCGGAU